AUGUCCGCCGCUACCACCCGCGCCCAGGGCCUCAUCCAGGACAACGCCGUUGUCGUCUUCUCCAAGUCCUACUGCCCAUACUGCCACUCAUCCAAGAAGCUCCUGAAGGAUCUGAAUGCCAAGUUCACUGUUUUCGAGCUUGACCAGGAAGAGGGUGGAUCUGCUAUCCAGGACGCUCUCGCUGAGAUCUCCGGCCAGCGCACCGUGCCCAACAUCUUCAUCAGCCAGAAGCACAUCGGUGGUAACUCUGACCUCCAGGCUAAGUCUGAGGAUGACCUGAAGGAGCUUCUCAAGGCCGCUGGUGCGCUCUAA